AUGAAUAUCGCCCAGCCCAUAUCCUCCGAGGUCGAUGCCGUCGAGUUCACAUUCCUGUCCCCGGACGAGAUACAAGCCAUCUCCGUCAAGCGCAUCGAGAAUGACAACACCUUCGACAGCCUUCUCAACCCCGUCCACGGCGGUCUCUACGACCCUGCCCUCGGAUCAUGGGGCGACCAACCGUGCGCCACCUGCAACCUGAACCAAGCGAGCUGCCCGGGACACCCAGGUCACAUCCAACUCCCCGCACCAGUCUACCACCCCAUCUUCAUGGACCAGGCGUACCACUUGCUCCGAGCGACCUGCGUCUACUGCAGGGGUUUUCGACUACCCGCCAAGGACCUCCACAAGUUCAUGUGCCAGCUCCGUCUGCUCCAGCACGGCCUCAUCCGCGAAGCGUACAUCGUCGAUGCCGUUGGCGACAAGGACUGCGAUGGUUUGGGGGAGAACCUCGGCUCCGACGAGAGCGAGGCGGACGAAGAAAACAGCUCGAUCGACAGCGCCAUCAGAAAAAGGGACAAGUACGUCCUGCACUGCCUUCGGACCGUCAAAAUCCGACGGAGUGAGGCCGGGAGGCGGAAGCACGAGGGCAUGGCCCAAGCGCGGCGAGACAUCAUCAAGGCCUUUCUCGCCGAAAUCACCAAGAGAAGGCACUGCGCGACCUGCUCGGGAAUCUCGCCGGCGUACCGAAAAGAUCGCUACGUCAAGAUUUUCGAAAAGUCGCUCUCGGCCAAGGAGCUGACGGCCAUGGCCCAGAGGCAUCUGGUGCGGAAGGAUGCCAUGACGCGCCAGUUUGACGAGAAAUCAAAGUCAAAACUCGACACCGAAUCCUCCGAAUCCGAAGCAGUCGUCCAGCCGACGACGGACGAAGAGGAAGAACGGCCCGUCGACGUUGCCGCGGCCCAGAGAUACAUCAGCCCGAUGGAGGUGCGCGCUCGAUUGAUCGAGCUGUUUAAGAAGGAGCAGGAUGUUGUCGCCCUCCUGUACGACUCGAAACCGCGUACCAGAGGCUCUCCGGACGUCACGCCGGACAUGUUCUUCAUCACCACCAUUCUCGUCCCGCCCAGCCGCUACCGACCGGAAGCCCGCCUCGGAGAUGCGCAGGUGACCGAGGCGGAGCAGAAUUCGCUCUACAAGAUGAUCCUGCGAGGCUGCACCAAGAUUGCCCACGUGCAUACCGUCCUGAGAAGCAACGAGCGUGCCGACAUUACCCAGCUGCAUCAGGCUUGGACCGAGCUUCAAGAGAGCGUCAAUGCGCUGAUUGAUGCGAAUAAGAAUCCCGUCCAGGGUGCGGCUGCUAAGCGCAACGAAGAGGGCAUCAAGCAGAAGCUGGAGAAGAAGGAGGGCCUGUUCCGAAAGAACUUGAUGGGCAAGCGUGUCAACUACGCCGCCAGAAGCGUCAUCUCGCCCGAUCCGAACAUCGAGACGAACGAGAUUGGCGUCCCCCCCGUCUUCGCCCAGAAGCUCACGUUCCCCGAACCCGUCACCAGUCACAACUUCCGAGACAUGCAGCACGCCGUCAUCAACGGUGCCUACAAGUGGCCGGGCGCCGUCGCCAUCGAGAACGAGAACGGCCAGGUGCAGAUGCUGAGGAACAAGUCGGUCGACGAGCGCAUCUCCCUCGCGAAUCAGCUGCUCGCCCCGACGGACGCCAACGCGCCCAAGAUACGGAACAAGAAAGUAUAUCGGCACAUGACCAACGGCGACGUCGUGUUGAUGAACCGUCAGCCGACACUGCACAAGCCGUCCAUGAUGGGACAUCGAGUUCGCGUCCUGCCGGGCGAGAAGACGAUCCGCAUGCACUACGCCAACUGCAACACCUACAAUGCCGACUUUGACGGAGACGAGAUGAACAUGCACUUUCCCCAAAACGAGGUUGCCCGCGCGGAAGCCCUCCAGAUUGCGGACACGGACCAUCAGUACUUGUCGGGCACGCAGGGCAAGCCGCUACGAGGUCUGAUCCAGGAUCACAUCUCCGUCUCCAUCGCCCUGUGCAGUCGGGAUUGCUUCUUCAGCCGCGGCGACUAUCACGCCCUCGUCUACAGCGCCAUCCGACCGGAAAGCGGCCACGUGUACGGCGACAGGAUCCAGCUCGUCCCGCCCGCCAUUCUCAAGCCGGUGCCGAGGUGGACAGGAAAACAGGUCGUCACGACGAUACUCAAAAACACGCAACCGCCCAACUGCGGCCCGCUGACGCUGCACGGAGAAUCUCAGAUCAAGGCCGAGCAGUGGGGCUCCAAGAAAUCCGAAGAGGGAACGGUGCUGAUCCAGGACGGCGAGUUCGUCACCGGCAUCCUCGACAAGUCCCAGAUCGGCCAGAGCGCCGGCGGCUUGAUCCAUGCCAUCCACGAAGUCCACGGGCCGUCGGCCGCCGGCAAGCUGCUCACCGCCAUGGGCCGGCUUCUGACCCGCUAUCUCGGCAUGCGCGCCUUCUCCUGCGGCAUGGACGACUUGCGUCUCACCGCCGAGGGCGAGACGUCCCGGCAGCGAGAGCUGCAGGUUGUCAGGACCGUCGGCCGCGAGAUCGCCUCGAGCUACGUCUCCCUCAAGGACGUGCCCGACGCUCGAGAUCCCGUCCUCCUCGAACGUCUGGAGGAGGUUCUCCGCGACGACAAGAAGCAGGAAGGCCUGGACCUUCUCAUGAACCAGGGGACCAAGGACAUCACCGACGCCAUCCAACGGGCCUGCAUCCCCAACGGCCUCGAGAAGCCGUUCCCGCGAAACCAGAUGCAGGCCAUGACGACGUCGGGUGCCAAGGGUUCCAAGGUCAACGCGUCCCUCAUCUCCUGCAACCUGGGUCAGCAGGUGCUCGAGAGCAGGCGAGUGCCCAUCAUGGUCAGCGGCAAGACGCUCCCCUGCUUUCAGCCGUUCGAGACCAACAUCACGGCCAACGGAUACAUCGGCAGCCGAUUCCUGACGGGCAUACGUCCGCAGGAGUACUACUUCCACCACAUGGCCGGACGAGAAGGUCUCAUCGACACGGCCGUGAAGACGUCGCGGUCCGGCUACCUUCAGCGAUGCGUCAUCAAAGGCCUCGAGGGCGUCUCGGUGGCUUACGACACCACCGUUCGCGAUGCCGACGGCUCCAUCAUCCAGUUUUUGUAUGGCGAAGACGGCUUGGACGUCACUAAGCAAUCGUACCUCAAGGACUUUGGCUUCAUCCUGCGAAACCUCGUGUCCGAGGCGGCCCAGCUCCGAUACGACUCCGAGGUGGUUCAGCGUCUGGGCGCGACGAGCAACCGAGCGGCGUUUACCAAGUACAUGAAGAGCGCCGUGAAGCACGCCCAGCCCGGCGAUCCGAAGGCGAGGGAUCCGCUGACGAGCGCCUUCAACCCGACGACGAACGCCUUCGUCCUGUCCGAAUCCUUCUUCACGGCCAUGUCGACCUACCUGAAGGAGAACUCGGACGGCAUGAUUCGGGAGAAGGGUGACAAGGAGCCGGCCGGCGCGCACCAAGCGCUGAACCGAAAGAACGCCGAGCUUCUCUUCGCCAUGAAGUAUCUGCAAUCGCUGAUAGAGCCCGGCGAGGCCGUCGGCGUCGUCGCCGGCCAGUCCGUGGGCGAGCCGUCGACGCAGAUGACGCUCAACACGUUCCACUUGGCGGGGCACGCGGCCAAGAACGUGACGGCGGGUAUCCCUCGGCUGCGAGAGAUUCUCAUGACGGCCUCGAAGGACAUUGCGACGCCGGCCAUGUCCCUCUACCCGCACGCCAGCCUCGCGGCCGAGGAGGUGGAGACGUUUGCCAAGUCGAUCAGCGCGCUGCCAAUGUCGUUCAUCCUGGAAAGCGUCGUCGUCGAGGAAAAGGUCGGCCGCGGCAAGAUCUUCGGCAUGGCCAAGAUCUACGUCAUCAAGCUCAAGUUUUUCCCUGCCAAGGAAUACCUGGAAAUGUACCACGCCAGCGUCGGCGAGGUGCUGGAUGCCGUGGAGAGGAAGUUGGUGCGGCACAUCGUCACGCUGUCCAAGGCCGAGCUCAAGAAGCGAGCGCUGCAGGCGACGGCCGCCUCCCCGGACAUUGGGGCCAAGGUUGGCGUCGUCGAGAUGGUUGCUCCCGCGGCGGCGACGGCCGAGGCGGGUGCCGAGGACGACGACUCGGGCGACGAAGACCACACGAGCGCCAAGCAACGAGCCAACCGGCACGAGGCCGUGUCGUACGGACCGAACGACGAGGCGGACAACGAGAUCCAGCGCGAGAUGGACGACGCCGACGUGGCCGACGAGACGGAGGCGGAGGGCGCCGACGAUGCGGCGGAGAAGAACGAGGCGAUGGACGUCGACACGGACGACGAGGCCUCGGAAGGGGAGAAGGCGUCGUCGGCCAAUGCCCGUGCUCGGCGCGUCAUGGAUGCCUUUGACGAAGUCACGGCGUUUGAGUGCAGCGAAAGCAGCGGCGACGGGUGCCAGCUGACGCUCGAGUACGACCAGGCGGUGCCGAAGCUGCUCAUGCUCAACGUCGUCCAGGCGGCCGUCAAGAAGACGAUGGUCCGGGAGAUUCGCGGCAUCGGCGCCUGCCGCGUCGUGCAGGAGCGGACGGGGAAGAAGGAGCUCGUGAUCCACGCGACCGGUGCCAACAUCCAGGCGGUCCAGCGGUUCAACGACCACAUCGACCCGGACCGCAUCCAGACGAACGACGUGGCCGCCGUCCUGUCCAUGUACGGCGUCGAGGCGUGCCGAAGCAACAUCGUCCGAGAGCUCGGCGACGUUUUCGGGUCGCACGGCAUCAAGGUCGACAACCGACACCUGAACCUCAUCGCCGACUACAUGACGAGGAACGGCGGCUUCACGGCCUUUAACCGCAUGGGCCUGCAGGGCAACGCCAGCCCCUUUACCAAGAUGAGCUUCGAGACGACGCUCGCCUUCCUCAAGGACGCCGUCCUCGACGGUGGCUGGGACGACCUCGCGACGCCGAGCGGCCGUCUCGUCAUGGGCCGGCUCGGCAAGCUUGGCACGGGCAGCUUUGAUGUUUUGACGCACCUGCCGACGUACCACGCCGAUGGCAACAAUCCGUACCAACCGAACAGGCCAUAUGUCAACAGAAUACGGAGCAGCUUGCAUCUUAUCGAUGCAUCGGCGAAGAUUGAGGAAGAACGGCUUCCUUUCUUCAAGAGCGAUGAAUACUAUCCCGUGAAGAUUGGCGAUGUCAUCGGCGGCCACUACCAGAUCGUGGCGAAGCUCGGUUACGGCACUACCUCGACCGUCUGGCUCUCGCGUAAUCUCAGUGAUCAGAAAUACUGGGUUAUGAAGGUUCACAUCAACACGCUGCAGUACAGUCACGAAUCCGUCGUCUAUGAUCAUCUAGCCAAGCACACCGAGGAUCACCCUGGCAGGAAACAUGUUCGAGAAUUUCACGAGUCCUUCCAGAUCAAGGGACCAAAUGGCAAUCACGAAGUUUUCGUCAUGGCACCUCUGGGUAUGAGUCUCAAAAGCUUGCAGGAGCUUCAGAGAAACGGCGUCUUCCAAGAGCUGCUCGUCAUCGGUGCUCUGGCCCAAGUCGUCCUUGCCUUGGAUUUUCUCCACGAAGCGGGCAUCACCCAUACAGAUGUUCACCCCGACAAUUUGCUCAUUGGCAUCGUCGACGAGUCAAUAUAUUCCAAAAUGGAAGAACUCGAAAUCCAGAAGCCGUCGCCCCGCAAAGUGGCUCGAGUGGGCAGCGAGCAGCGCGGGAACGCAAUGCCGCUCCCUUACCGGGCACCCGAGGUCAUCCUCAACAUGCCCUGGAGAUACAGCGUAGAUGCCUGGGGUGCCGGUCUGCUGGUCUGGGAUCUUCUCCGCGGCGAGAGCCUAUUCAAGGUGUACGACCAUGAGUCCCAGGAGCUGAACGAUGCACACCACCUUGCAGCCAUCACAGCACUCAUCGGUCCACCGCCCCAGGAACUGCUGCAAAGCAGUGAAGAGGCAGGCAAAUACUGGCAAGAAGAUGGUGAAUGGAAGGGCCCUGUCCCUCUGCCGCCCAAGAGAGAUAUUGAAUCGCUCGUCAGCGACAUGGUAGGAGUGGACAAGGAAAACUUGACCAGCUUUCUGGAGUGCUUCAUCGCAUGGCUUCCCAGCGAUCGACUGACCUGCCUGCAAGCUUAUUUUCACCCCUGGCUCAAGAACAAAAGGAAUUCGAUGGCGAAAUGA